GGGAGUUCCUACCCGGACACGUGUUCCCUGCGCACCUCCUGCACUGUGGUUUUCUUGAUGGAGAUGUAUUGUAGUGAAGUUUGUUUAGCGGUGGAUUGAUAAGAGGCUCAGCGUAAACAUCGUGAACCUGUGCCGCUGCUCACUUAUCUGACUCGGCAUGUAUCAGGACAGUCAACAUGGCAAAUGGACCAUUUCCAGCAGUGAUGAUGAUGAUGAGGGUAUUCCUUUAUCCGGGACUACAACAUCUAAGCCCCACCAACCCAGUGUAUCCAAUCCCAGCUCCCAUUGGUCUGCCUCUCCCCCCAGCCCCAAACUGGAACCAGUGAAAGCCACAGUGGAGGUGAAACCAGAACCAGCAAACCCCCCUGUAUCCUCACUGGUUGUCGGCUCUGAAGCCAGACAGUCUGCAGCAAUGAACCAGAUAAAUCCGGUGAAGUACGAAACCAGUCCGUCACUGGCUGGAAAGCGGAAGAAAGAGGUGUCAGAUGGCUCAGGGUGGGCUCUCUCAGACAGUGAUGAUGAUGAUGAUGGAGAUGUGAAGGGGAAAGGUCUCAGUAACCUACCAAAGAGGGCGCCUCCGAGCCCCAAAGCAAAGAAAGUGAAGGUGGAGAACGAGCGCCCUCCGAGUCCCCACGGCCGGCUCUACUACAUCGACGAGCCAGAGGACUUCUUUGAAUCCAGUGUUCCUUGUCUAAAUGACACCUACAGGUUUUACCUCAACAAAGUCACAGGCCUGGACAGGAAGUACAACAGUGGAGCUCUGCACAUCAGAGACAUUCUCUCUCCAUUAUUUGGGACCCUGAAAGAAUCUGUUCAGUUUAACUACUGCUUUGAUAUUGCCUGGAUGGUUAAACAGUACCCAUCAGAGUUUAGGGAUCGUCCAGUCCUGAUCGUCCAUGGAGAUAAGAGGGAGGCCAAGGCCCGGCUGGUACAGCAGGCUAAGCCUUUCCCACAUGUUCGAUUCUGCCAGGCCAAGCUGGAUAUUGCUUUUGGAACUCACCACACAAUCUUGCAGCAUUCAGUACAGUUGAAAGUAAAUAAUAAAAUCUGGAUCUGGAUUAUAAGCAUCCUCUUGUCUUGUAUUAUCAGGGUUUAUUUGGUUGGCUCAACACCAGGGAGAUAUGUUGGUGCAGACAUGGAUCGCUGGGGCCAUCUGAGGCUGAGGAAGCUGUUGUAUGACCAAACAGAUCCUGUUCCCGGCGAGGAAAGGUGGCCUGUGAUUGGCCAGUUCUCAAGCAUCGGCUCUAUGGGACUGGACAAGACCAAAUGGUUGGCAGGGGAAUUUCAGCGCACCAUGACCACACUGGGGAAAUCCUCUCUUCGCUCAGACCCCCCCAUGCACUUGGUGUAUCCAUCAGUUGAAGAUGUGAGGACUAGUUUAGAAGGCUACCCAGCGGGAGGCUCUCUUCCCUACAGCAUCCAGACAGCUCAGAAACAACUGUGGCUCCACUCCUACUUCCACCGUUGGAAGGCGAAUACGACAGGAAGGAGUCAUGCCAUGCCACACAUCAAGACGUACAUGAGGGCAUCACCAGAUUUCACUCAGCUGGCCUGGUUCCUCGUCACAAGUGCCAACCUGUCCAAAGCAGCAUGGGGUGCACUGGAGAAGAACAACACUCAGGUGAUGGUUCGUUCGUACGAGCUGGGAGUCCUCUACGUGCCCUCCGCCUUCAACAUGAAGACCUUCCCUGUUCACAAAAACCCAUUUCCCGUCUCCUCCUCCGCUGGUUUCCCUGUGCCCUUCGACCUUCCUCCUACAUGCUACUCCCCUAAAGAUCAGCCUUGGAUCUGGAACAUUCCUUACAGCCAGGCUCCCGACACACACGGCAACAUCUGGGUUCCCUCCUGAACACACACACACACACACACACAGACCUCUCUAUUCGUUUAAAACCGCUGUGUUUGUAACUAUCACUACUAUGUCUAGGUGUUAGUUGUUGUCAGUAACAUUUAUUUUUAUAUUUUAUACCAUACUCACAUGUUUUCUACCAAUAAAUAGAACAGUGUUGUCAUUGUC